GGGGGAUAAAUGUACGUGUAUGUGUGAGAUUGUAAAGGUAGGGGAAUGAUGGAGGACUUAAUCAUUAUCAAACAUAUACUUAAUUUUCAUCGCCACGUGAUCUGGAUGGCUCUGUGCUGUGGAAUUGUUCGCAUUUCAGAUGCUGUAUCAGUUCAACAUCACCGAAAACCUGUCCUUGCCAAAGUUAACGACACCGCAGUUACCUUACCAUGUAACUUCUCCACAUCGUCUUACCAAACACCGCAGAUCACGUGGUACCACGAAAAAGUGGGAGGGAGAAAGCUAAUCAUGCGGUGUGACAUCAACAACCUUCUGACGUCAUACGGGGAGUUUGUCAACCGCGUGGCCCGAGGAAACCGAGGAGCCUUGGUUCUUCUAAGACCGAUGUUGUUGGAUUCCGGCAACUAUUCGUGUGAGAUUGAAGCUGAAACGGAAGAACCCAGUCAAGUAAAAACCACAGUCACCCUGGAGGUAUCAAAGGAACCUCUGAGCCCCUGGACUAGCUCAGACUCAGAGUAUGGUAAAGGGGUAAUGAUGGUCUUCGUAAUAGCUCUUUUCUGGAUACUUCCGGUGGCAUGUUCUUUCGUGCUUGGCAAAAAAGGGUUUCAUGUCUGCAAGGAAACACGUGACAGCUUACAAAGGAUGACCCCCAAACAGGUGUUUGUGUUAGUGUCAAACCCUGUUGUGGCUGUCGUUGCCUCAUGUCUCGCCUUCACCGGAACUGUAUGUACAGCUAUUGCUCUGUACAGUGUAUCACCGGAAGUCGUCAACCGCUACCGUGUGAUUGGGCUUGCCACUGGGAUAUCAGGAAUUCUCUUCCUGCUUUUAGCUGUUCUGUGGUUAUGUUUACCGUCAAAUAUACUGUGUAGGACGAAAUCAGCAACGCAGGGUGUGGAACAUGCGGCAUUAUCCGAUGUAUUACACGACGCUGUGGCAGAUUCGCCAUACGCCACGGUUGAGUUAACUGGAAAUAAUGGAAGCACAUCGUUAGAAGAAGAAACAUCUCUGGUACCACAGGCAUCCAUUGAGGGGGAAUAUCCAGAACCAGAAGUGACAGUAAUUAAAAAUCCCAUUGGGGAGAGUGUCACUGGCAUGGCGGCCAUGUCAUACAAAGAAAUCUACGUGACGACGUUAAAGUCAGUGUUCAGAAUGGACAUAUCAGAACUUUCUGAAGAAAAUAUGUACACACGCGUUUGCGAAGGAAAAGACGAAUUACUGAGUGUUGAAAAGUAUGAAAAUGAUUUACUAAUAUCCACCACAAAGAGUACGUCACAGCAGCCUAACGACCCCUACUCAAAAAGCAUCAGUCGGAUUUCACGUAUAAAUUCACCUAAUCCAAAAAUUUAUAAAAUUCGACUGGAUCCAAAAUUUACAGUUACUUGGGUUCUAACAAGUGGUGAUGAAGAAUGGGUGUACUUGACGACGAUCAACCCAGCUACAGUUGUAAAAGGAACGGUGGACAAGCGAAGGUUUGUCCAAAACGCAACGUUUGGCGAACACGUGUUGAACAACCCCACGUGCAUCGUUCAGAGUUCUUCCGGUCAACUCAUCGUAGCUGAUCCUGUUAAAAACGAUGUGCUGGUUUUCGAAGAAAACGGAGAUUUUGUAGCUUCCUUGAAAACAUUCUUAUCCAGGGGUGUGAAACACGAAAUCAAAGGCCGUGACAAACUGGCUAUAGGGCUUGAUGACAAAAUUUAUGCAUCAGGCCCGAAGUCUGAGAACAUACUGGUGUUUUCGUCCAAUUUCAGAUUUGAGCGACUGAUACCUACUAGGACUGAGAGCGGAGCUAUAUUGUCACUCAAGGUACAUUACCAAUCACUUUACGUGGCUCAUGAAAACAGUAUUUGCGUGUAUCCUCUAAGUUCCUGUUAAUCUUCUUAUAUAGAGUGAUAAAAUGAAUUUAUUUAAUGAUGCUAUAUCGGGAUUUUGGGCAGAAAAUGUGUUUUAUUCGCUGAUCAAAUCACGUUUUCUCCAUUUACCGAGAAUAGUUCAAAUUAUUGUCUUUCAUAAAAUAUCAGAUCGGCACCUGAACUAUUUAUAAUAUUAAAAUAGUUGUUAAAAUUGUUUAACAUGUUAAAAGUUUGACCAGUUGUAUAAAGCAACCCGCAUAAUAUUUUUCAAACCGGCUUUGAAGUGUAACACGUGCAGAGACGAGACUGAUAUUUUGUGAGAAAUAAUCAUUUAGAUUUAACAUUUAAGCUUUUACAUAAACAGUUAAAAUGACAGAAUAACUAAAGUAAGCUGACGAGGCUGUAUUCUUGGUUACGUACCACACUGUCGUCACAGCUCUUGUUUUACUCUUAAUGCUCUAAGACGUUCGUUGCAUUCUGAAAUAUUGCUAAAAGUUUGCUUGGAUUUGCGCUGAUCGAUUUUUGCCAGAAAUCUCCAGUAUAACCAAUGUAAUACUUAUAAUCGAUGCCUUGCGACAGGUUCACAUUCAUCGUUGUUAAGAGAGAGCUAAGAUGAAUAUUUGUUUCUUUGUCUAUGACUUGAUUCUAUAUUUUCGAAUUGUAUAAUGACUGUUACUUGUAGAUAAAAAUGUAUUUACUUAUUUACUUCAUACAUGGGUAGCAUUUAACGCCGUGCACAGGAACAUUUGGCUGCAGGCUUAUGGAUCCCGGUCAUGUACGUUACGAUGUUCCCA